AUGGAAGCAUGGAAUCGCUUGGAAGAUAUUUUUCAGGACAACCAAAAUGCUCGAGCUUUGAGAAAUGUCGGCUCCCUUGUCAACAAUCAUCGUCCGGUCCUUCAGCUGAUCUCUGGUCUCCCAGAAGCUUACUGCAGUGUUGCUACUUUGAUUCGCCAGAGCAACCCUCUUUCUGAAUUCUAUCAGGCUCGUUCCAUGCUCACUUUGGAAGAAGCUGGUAUGGCUAAAAGUGCAAACAAAGGCUCUCAUGCUGCUAUGCACACCACUCAGUCGAAACCUACUGAAGACACCUCUCAGCGUGGCAACCACCGCUCCGGCAACCGUUCUCGCUCCCAUGGCAACCAGGGUCGUGGAGGGGACGUGGUAACCGUAGUGCACCUCAGUCUGGAGCUCCCAACGCUCCCUCACCUUGGUCCUCUCCUCCUUGGCAACAACAACAAUAAUACCCAACCUGGCAACCAUGGGGUUGGACUCCACCACCAUGGACUAUGCCACCGUGUCCGUAUCCCACCUCUUAGUGGACACGCCAUGCCGGUCCUCCUAAGCAAUCAUACAUUCUAG